AUGAACGGCCACUCAUCGCAGAAUGGAAAUGGCCACUCCGCACAGAACGGUAAUGGUCAUUCGGCACAGAAUGGUACCUCGGGCCGGCACAGCAGUUCUGUGCAUGGCCACGAAGCAGAUAUGAGCGCGCAAGAGAAGGAACUCUUGAACCUCACCUUGCAGCUCAGAGACAAGAAGAGGCAAGACGAGAAAUAUGCCAAGUUUCACGGCGACAAGCUCAUCGGUAACCCAACUGUUCCCAAGCUUGGCUUGUGGAAUGAUUUCAAAACCAUCUUCUCCAGGCGAGAUACUGUGGCCGCUGUAGGGCGCACUAUCGAGGGUCUCGUCACGGGAGGAGGGCUUGAUGCACAAAGCGUUGCAACCAUUGGUGGAAAUCUAUCCGACUAUAGCACCGCGCGCAACAACCUCAUCAACAGCCAGGUCAAGGACAAGUAUGACAGAAUGUUACACCCUCCUUUGACAUACCUCGGUGACGCAUUCCAGUAUCGAACUGCUGAUGGCAAGUUCAACAGCGCCAUCAACCCCCAUCUUGGUCAAGCUGGUGCUCCAUAUGCAAAGACCGUCCCCUCUCAGACAGCACCCCUCGGUGCCCUCCCUGAUCCUUCUGAUCUCUUUGACAAGUUGAUGGCACGACAGGAAGGUGGUCGACAGAGCCAGUCUGGUCUGUCUUCCAUGCUUGUGUAUCACGCGACCAUCAUCAUCCACGAUAUCUUCAGGACCAAUGACAAUGACAAGAACAUCUCAGACAGUUCAUCCUACCUUGAUUUGUCGCCUCUCUAUGGAUAUGCCGAUGAUAUGCAGCGCAAGAUCCGAGAUGACAAGUUUAUGCUCGGGCUCUUGAAGCCGGACACGUUUGCUGAGGAUCGCCUGCUGCGUCAGCCACCUGGUGUCUGUAUUAUGCUCGUCAUGUACAACCGAUAUCAUAACUACGCUGCAAGACAACUCCUGCGAAUCAAUGAGAACGGCCGCUUCAGCGUUCCUGUCAUGUACGAAAAGACCCAGCUCGUCUCUUUGAUCAAAGCAUUCCUUUCGCCUCUUUCUCCCGAGGUCGAGAAGAAGUGCAAGCGGUACGAAAAGGUCUGGAGGGACUGUCGCUCAGCCAAACCUAGAGAGCCACCGUCCGUCCCAAAGAAGCUACCAGACGAGAGUCCCUUGGAAAAGGACGAUCGACUGAAAGCUGAACAAGCUAAGGAAGACGCCGAGGUUGCCAUGGCUGCUUUUGAAAGUUCGGAUUUGAACAAAGAACUUCUCUCGCUGAGAAAAGAACUUGAGAAACUUAUCAGUGACAAGGCACAAGGGAUCAGAGGUCAAGAUCCCACUUUACAGUCCAACAACGACGCUGCUGAGUUCGAAGCCAAGUGCGAGAAAUUCAAGGAGUCUUGGCAAGCGGCUUGGAAAAAGCAAGACGAUGACCUUUUCAACACGGCACGCCUCAUUACUUGUGGCAUGUACAUCCAGAUCUCAGUUCACGACUAUCUGAGAGCUCUGAUGGGAUUCCAUCAGUUCGACACCAACUUUACUCUCGAUCCUCGUGCCGACUUUGACCAAAAGAAGACGAGUCGAGGAAUCGGCAAUCAGGUCACGGUUGAGUUUAACCUUUUGUAUCGCUUUCAUUGUGCCAUUUCUCUCAAGGACGAGGCGUACACCGAGGAGUAUAUGGAGAAUGUGCUGGGGUUCCCAGACGCGAAAAAUACUCCCCUUCCUACCUUUCUCGGCAUCAUGGGUGGCAUAGGGGCCAAGAAGGCACGAGAUAAGAAGAGAGAGAAGCCAGAGACUCAACCCUGGGAGGUCACCUUUGGUAUUCCUCAGAAGCAAGCAGUGCCCACGCAUGGAGGUGGAGCUGAAUCGUCAGGUAAUAGCUCCGAUAGUGGUAUUGGCUUUAACCGUUCUGCCACGACUGCAAGUAAAGCAACGAAUGCUACGACGGAUAAGCCCAGGUACAAAAACUUCACACGAAACGCCAUCACCAACCUCUUUAACGACCAGGACAUGCUGGAUGAGCUCACAUCUUCCAUGGAUGAGCCUAUCUCCAACUUCGGACCCCGCAACGUUCCUUUGUGUCUCAAGCCGGUUGAGAUCAUGGGCAUCCUCCAGGCAAGAAAGUGGGAGUGUGGUACUUUAAAUGACUUCAGAGACUUUUUCGGAUUGCCGCGCCACGGAUCGUUCGAUAGUGUGACUAAGAACCCUGAGAUCCAGAAUGCCCUCAGAGAUCUUUAUGAGCAUCCCGACAAGAUCGAGUUGUAUCCUGGUAUCUUUUGUGAGUCCGAUGAGCAUAUGGGACUCGAUCCUGGUCCCACUGAGUCAAGCUCUGCCCUUUGGUCCGCUAUCUUUUCAGACGCUAUCACCCUGGUCCGCUCUGAUCGCUUCUACACUGUUGACUGGAACACCAACUCUUUGACCUCAUGGGGUAUGAAGGAAGUGACUCCCAACAACGAGAUUUGCAAGAGUUCAGUCUUUCAUCGUCUUCUUCAACGAGCCUUUCCUGGUUGGUUUCCCUCAAACACUAUCCGCUUCUUCCACCCCUUCUACACAGCCGAGCAGAACGCGAAGUAUGCAAAGGCUCAAGGCUACGAUCAGUUGUUCAAGGAGACUGUCAAGCCACCAAAGGGACAGGCCAUGGAAAAGCCUGCAGUGUCAAAGCCUGAGAAGCCUGAAUAUCUCAUUAAGUUCGAUGAUAUUCAGCAGGUCUUGAAGGACAGUAAUAACUUCAUUAACCCCGCCUAUUACUACCAGGAUAACUUGCCAACUGUCGUCAAAGAUGUUUUGAACCCUGAAGAGGAUAGGAAACUACCUGAGCCAUCAACAAAGAUAAGUGACUACGUCAAGGAUUCUAAGGAGGAUUUACAGAAGUAUCUGGAUGAUCUGAUGAAGGAAAUGAUCAAGAGGGAGUCCAUCUCCAUGACCAACUCCACGUUUCAAGUUGAUGCUACGAGAGACUUCGCCAUUCCUGUCGUCACGCAUUAUGUCGCUGAGUUUCUUGGUUUCGGCGAUAAACUUUGCAAGGAUCCCUCGCAAACGAAGGGCGUGCACAGCGAGAAUGAAAUCUACCAACACAUCACCAACUGUCAAGCUUUCCUUACGUACAACGCCGACGAGACCAAAUGGAUGCAGCGUCGCCGGGCCUUCAAGGAUUCCAUGGAGGCGCUCGUCGAUCUAGCCCAGAAGGGAACUAUCUGGGAGGCUGGCCAGUGGGAUAUCACCAUGGCUCUGUUUGGCAAGAAGAAGACUACCGCCAUGCAUGAUCUUGGAGUCUUUGUUGCCAAAGAAGUUUUGGCAUAUGAGAACGACCAGCGAAAGGCAGCAGCUAUUUUGCUUCUGGUCUGUCUGGAUUUUGCCUACAAUGCAUUCACCGCUACCUUGGAUGGCUUCAUGAAGGAUCUUUACGCAGCUGCUGAUGGUCGUCCAAAGUUCAUCAUUGGCCAGGCCAACGACACGCCGAGAUGGGUCCAGGCUCAAAAGCAUGUCUUUAGUAGUGCAAAGACGGCAGAUGAACAAAAGAAGGAAGAUGAACUUUUUGACAAGCUUGUUCAAGAGAUGGUUCGAAUCACUGUUCGACAACCAAUUUGGCGAAAGGCAGUGAAGGGUGGCGAAUAUACCUUCGAUGGAAAUAAGACCACAAUCAAGGACGGACAGGCAAUCGUCCUCGACCUCGCAAAGGCAACUGACGAAGUCAGUACUGAUGCGGCGAAGAAGACGUUCUUGACAUCCCAACUCAGCAUCGCCGACAAGUUCGGCGUCUUCUCCCCACGAAGCUUUGCCACCAUCUCGUUGACCUCGAUGAUCAGGUUCAUUGCCCAAAUGAAGAAUCCUCGUCGAGGCCAUGAUACACAGGGAAUGCUCAAGAAAAUCAACCUUGACUACACUCCUGAGGGCUACGCCAACUAUAUGGCCCCUGGAAGAGUCAAUUGGAUCGAGCAACAGGUCAGAAACAUGGAUAACUCUAACAAAGCUGAUAAGAUCUUCAAUCCCAGGGUCCUUAAGCCUCAGACUGACACUUACCUCACACCAACAUGGGAUGAGUUCGUGCCCUUCCCCAUGACAUGGAAAAUUCGCUUUGACGGAUUCGGCGAAUCCAAUUAUAAGACUGAAGAUGGCCCCUAUGGCAAGGUUAAGACGACUUCAACUCUUCCUGAUUAUUUGCCCCCGUGGUAUCAGCCAAAGGGUCCCAGUGCUGAUGGCGGAGCGUUUGCUGGUACUGUCUGCGUUUGUGCUGCAGAGGUUCAUGAGGAGAUUAAGCAUAAUGAAAAUGGCGGAGAGAAUCACGCGCAUUAUUGUCCAUGUGUUGGUGGCAAGAAGAGGAAGUCUGCGCAGAAAACUACUCCGUUGACAACUGGAUGUGGUAUGAAUGAUAAUUAUAAGUAG